AUGGACCUGAAAGAACACACCUUUGGCUUCGCCAAUUCACCACAAGGUAUGCAGUGGGCAACGACGAGCCUGCGCCAACUUGUGCCGCGCAACCUGGUGUCCUGGUCGACACCAUGGUCACUACGAGACUACGCUACUGGGACACUACCGCGUUGGAAGUGGUGUCCACGUAUCAAUCGGUAUGCGAAGAGAGAACGAGCGCUCUCUCGACCACAACGGAGUGCUCGCCCGGCGCUGAUAGCAACCUUAUCGCCUGAGGCGACUGCCCGCAAGAAAGCAGCGGAACGCGUAGCUGUCGGAAAACGCUUAUCAUCAAACGAAAUUAGGGCUGCGUUUCUGGAGUUUUAUCAGCAAAGAGGACACCGGGUUGUGCCGUCCGCGUCUCUGGUUCCGGACGACCCCACGAUUCUGCUCACGAUAGCGGGCAUGGUGCCCUUCAAGCCGAUCUUUCUGGGGCAGCGGCAGCCUCCGGAUCCCCCAAGAGCAGUCUCAGCGCAGCGGUGCUUGCGCACGAAUGAUAUCGAGAACGUUGGACGCACCAAACGACACCACACCUUUUUUGAAAUGCUGGGAAAUUUUUCCUUCGGUGAUUAUUUCAAAGAGCAAUCGAUCCGGUGGGCUUGGGAGCUCAUUACCGAGGUGUACGGCAUUCCGCGCGAACGACUCUGUGUAUCCGUUCUGCACGCUGAUCAGGAGGCCUACGAGAUCUGGCGUGACGUGGUGGGACUCCCCGAACACCGCAUCGUUCGCAUGAGCGAAACCGAUAACUUCUGGUCGAGUGGACCGACCGGUCCCUGUGGGCCUUGCUCAGAAGUCUACUACGACUUUAAGCCGGAGCUGGGCACGAAUGUCGCAUCCGGCGGACACGAGACGAGCGUGCCGCCGGCCACCGCCGGAACGGGUAUUCUGGACCUCAAUGACGAUGAGCGUUUUAUUGAACUGUACAAUUUGGUUUUCAUGGAGUUUAAUCGAGAUACCGAAGGACGCCUUAUGCCCCUGCAAGCCAGAAACAUUGACACCGGUAUGGGACUGGAGCGAAUCGCGCAGGUGCUCCAGGGUGUACCGAAUAACUACGAGACGGACCUGAUGCGGCCGUUGCUUGACAAGACGGCGGAGCUUGCCGGCCGGGCGUACGCUUCCCUAUCUGAACGCGAACGAGUUUCUGCGAAGAUCGUUGCAGACCACGCUCGAGCCGUCGUCCACCUGUUAGCAGACGGCGUGCAGCCCUCAAACCUGGGGCGUGGGUAUGUGCUGCGGCGCCUCAUUCGCCGUAUGGUUCGUCACGGGCGUCAACUGGGUAUUGAGCAGGCGUUCACUGAAGUGGUCGCGGGCACUGCCGUAGCGCUAGCCGCAGACGCCGGCUACUUGCACGUUGCUGAGCAUCGCGCUCGUAUCACACGAGAGUUGCAGAUGGAGGAAGUGCGUUUUCGGCAAACGCUGGAACGUGGUGAAGCCCUACUCGCUGAACUUUUGCGCGAAAAUCGGGGGCAUAUCUCAGGGGAGGACGCUUUCGAGCUCUACGACACGUACGGCUUUCCCGUUGAGAUGACACAGGAAAUCGCUGCUGAGCAGGGUCUCCAGAUCGAUAUGGACGCCUUCCAGCGCUGUAUGGAGGCACAACGAGCACGAGCACGUGAGCGCGGUCGACCGGGUAGCAUCGAUCUGCCCGCCGAGAGCGAACUUGUCGCACAGCUGGGCGGCAACGGCACCGCUAUAGACCGUACCGAGUUUGUUGGUUACGAGCAGGAGCAAGUCGCCACUGCGCGCAUUGUGGCCCUUAUCGUGGAUGGCAAGGCAGUGCAGAGCCUCGCCAGCGUACCCGAAGGGUCGCUGAACAAAGUGCAAGUCAUUUUGGACCGCACCCCCUUCUAUGCUGAAGGCGGAGGACAGGUUGCCGACACCGGUGAAUUGCAGCUGGUGCAGCGGGAACCGCGAAUAGCGCUACGAGUUGCCGACGUGCAACAGCUGGGCAAUGCCUGGAUCCAUACAGCCUCCCUGGAUGGCACCUCUGCUGACCUACACGUGGGUGACGUCGUAACCGCUCGUAUUGACGCAGCCCGUCGUCGUCGGAUUCGGGCACACCACACAGGUACGCAUCUUCUGCAGGCUGCACUCCGCCAAGUCCUUGGUGCUGAUCAGGUCGCCCAGGCGGGGUCGCUUGUCGACUCAGAGCGUCUACGCUUUGAUUUUACGGCUCCGAGAGCGCUCACCGACCGUGAACUGGAGCUGGUGAGUGAGCUCGUCAAUCAGUGGAUUGACGAAGCACAUCCGUUGAUCGUAGAGCAUCUGCCGUAUCCGGAAGCGGUUCAGCGCGGUGCAAUCGCGAUGUUCGGCGAAAAGUACGGUGAUGUGGUGCGGGUCGUCAAUGUGCCAGGGGUCUCUAUGGAGCUUUGUGGAGGCACCCAUGUCCGCAACACAGCAGAAGUUGGCCUCUUUCAUGUCCUAAGCGAGAGUAGCAUAUCCUCGGGUGUUCGGCGGAUUGAGGCGAUAUGCGGGCAGGCCGCUCGCGAUUUCCUGAACCAGCGGGAUCUCUUGGUGCGUACCCUGCAGCAGACUUUGCGGGUGACCCAAAGCGCCGAGCUCGUGGCACGAGCUGAGGCAUUACUGAACGAAAACAAGCUGCUAGAGCGACAGGCGGCGAGUGCGCGCACAGAGCUUGCCAAAGCGCUCGCAAUGCGCUGCUUGCCAACGCAGCAGCUCAGACAAGAGACUGGCAAGCCGGUGGCGUUGCUCAUCAAGCGUCUGGAUCAAGUAGACGCAGUGGGAACGGCGCUCGGCUCCUGGGACAACGAUAUCCUCGGUGCCGCUGCCGACGCCAUCCUCUCGCAACUUGGUGAUCGAGGUAUCGUAGUGCUAGCAGCAGCAGCAGCACCCAGUGCGCAACAAGUGAUCAUGGUCGGCCGCUGUACACCGCUCGUGGCUAGCGAGACGCCCGUGCAUAUGGGUCGGUUACUACAGGCGGCAGCAAAGCGGUGCCGCGGUGGCGGUGGUGGAAAACCUACCCAAGCCCAGGCAGGCGGCCGUGAUGCUACCUCGCUGGAUGCCGCACUUGCAGCUCUGCAAGAGGAAGUUUCCCGAUUACUCCAAGGUUCGUAA